GCAUGCCUUUUAUAUUUACUAGCAAUUGCAGAAGAGAGAGAGAGAGAGACGAGGGGGGAGUUAAGAGACAACUGGUGUGCAUAGAUUGCUUUCCCGAGAGGAAAUAAAGAGAAAAGGCUCCAGCUAGGAUAGGACAGUAGAGAGAGAGAGAGAGAGAAUACUCUUUUCCUUCAAGUCAUAUCUGAGGAUACUCAGAGCUGGACAUUAGGAGGAAAAGUGCAGUGUGAGAGAGGGGGGGGGGUGGACGCUUCGAGUUAUAGCUCACACGGAGGAAAACACUCACACACACACACUACAGUCUGUGUCGCGACUACACUCGUGGUGGAUAGCGAGGUGUGGUGUGUGUGUGUGUGUGUGUGUGUGUGCGCGUGCGUGUGUGUGUUCUUUUGUGUGAACGAGAUUGUUCUUCGUCCAGUCUGACCCCUUGUAACCCCCCUGGGGAAAGAGACAGAGAGACAGAAAGACAGAAAGCGUACCAUACGCGCGCGCGCCUUUGCGCGUAAGGGUCCUGGAACGUGCGGGUCGUGCGUAAGGUGUUCUGGUCCAAGAUCAGGGGCAUCCGAGGAAAAGGAAACGAAGGAAGCGUGCAUUGCCGCUCAACACUGGACAUGCACAUCAGCCCCUCUGCGGGAGAUCUUGGUCUGACAUAGCCUCGGCCGAUCGCAGCCUGCAUUCGAGGCGGCGGCGUGUGUAAACCACGAUGGCGGCCAUGCCAUUCGUCAGUGAGGGAAAGUGUGUUAGUGUGGAGUGGGACUUUCUGCAAGGACUCCUCGCCAAACCACCCACCCUGCCCUGUUUACAAAACCUGCGGAAGGAGAAGUCCCGUAAUGCGGCUCGCUCUCGCCGUGGGAAAGAAAACUUUGAGUUUUUCGAGCUGGCCAAAAUGCUGCCUCUCCCUGGUGCCAUCACCAGCCAGCUGGACAAGGCCUCGGUCAUCCGCCUGACCAUCAGCUACCUGCACAUGAGGCAUUUUGCCAGUCAGGGAGACCCGCCCUGGAGCCCCCUGCUGGAGGGGGACAAUAACUGCAACAAGGACCUGCUCAAACCAGCCGAAGUCAUGUUCAGACGCAUUUCAUCCACUGGCAUCUAUGUAGCUGAUUUCCCUGUCAGUCUGAAACUCCAUCAUCCAUCCAUCAUCCUCAGUGUGCGGAGAAACAGUCACUCACUAGCCACUGAUAUAUUCGAGCAGCACCUGGGAGCACAUCUAUUACAGUCCCUGGAUGGGUUUGUGUUUGUGGUUAGUCAAGAAGGCCGUUUCCUCUACAUUUCAGAGACAGUGUCGAUCUACCUGGGCCUCUCACAGGUGGAAUUAACAGGCAGUAGUGUAUUUGACUACAUUCAUCCUGCUGACCAUGUGGAGAUGGCAGAGCGAUUGGGAAUUAAGCCACACCUCCGCACAGAGGCAGGCUGUCAGACUGCCCAAGAAAGUGCUUCAAGUUCUGCGUCUACAUCCUCACUGGCUGGCACACCUGAACCAGCCCCCUCAAGUCCGCUGUCAUCCGGAGAUGAACCAGUAGAGCGAGGUUUCUUUGUCCGGAUGAAAUCCACCCUUACUAAGCGUGGCCUACAUGUUAAAUCCUCUGGGUAUAAAGUGAUCCACGUUACUGGUCGGAUUCGCUGUCGGCCAGCCCUGGUUCCAGGUUCUUCACGUUCACUCCAUCGGCCAAUGGGAUUGGUCUCUCUUGCUCACACACUCCCGCCCUCCACGCUUAAUGAGGUGCGCAUGGAGAGUCACAUGUUCGUGUUUCGUGUCAACAUGGAUCUCCAGAUCACCUAUUGUGAGAACAGGAUCUCAGAAUAUAUGGACCUGAGCCCAGCUGAGGUGGUGGGACACACCUGCUACCACUUCAUCCAUGUGGAAGAUCUUGACAACAUCCGGCAAAGCCACGAAGACUUGCUGAGGAAGGGUCAGGUUGUGACUGGUUACUACCGCUGGCUGCAGAGGAGAGGCGGGUAUUUGUGGGUUCAGUCAUGUGCCACUGUGUCCAUCAACCACAAAGCACCCCAUGAGCGCAACGUCAUCUGGGUCAACUACAUACUCAGUCGGACAGAAAUGCCUGACAUGCCACUGGACUUAAUUCAACUUCCAGAAACCCUGAAAGCUGAGCGUCUUCGGGCAAGCUCCUCCACUCGAGAGAUCUCUCCAAAGACACAUGGCCCAAACGGUGCCCACUCAACGAAGGGUGGAGUUGGACGAAAUGAGUCUGAACGCAAAGGGAGAGACUCUUACACUGCUAACCAAUCAGAUAACAGGAGAAAGAGGCCUCACCACUCCAGCCCUGAAAACACACCUCCACAAACAAGGAGACUCGAGGUGUUUCGGCAUAGAGAGGACAGCCUGUCAGGCUCCUCUGACUCUGCCAGUGACAGUGAAGCUGAAGAAGAGGAAGAGGAGGAUAAGGAAGAGGAAUGGGAGCACAAUGGCAACAGCAAGAGACUGAAGACGGAUGCUGGAUCCUCUAAGAAAAAUAGUGAGACGGGGAAAGUCCGUAAUGGCCGCGCUGUAAUCCAGCAGCUUAAGAGCGUGGUCACCAGCACUGCCAGCUCUAACAUUAAAACUGAACAGGAGAUGUUAGGUGCUGGAGUUUGUUCAGCCACUGGCGGACGAUGGAGCAACGCUCAGUCCACCAGGGGUAUUAACGGCAGCAGCCCCUCAUCCCAAGAUUCCGAGUCAGUCAACACAGAAGCUCCAGCUAAGGGUCUUUUCAGCCCUCCCUCACCCCUCUCAGCUUCACCCCUGCCCAGGGAAGAUCGUUUACUCCACGGAAGCCGCACGUCUGAUUACGAGCUUCUCCAGAGACUAGCUGCAGGCGGAGCAGCUGGGCGUGUACUGUUCCACCCUCUCGCUCUUGGACCUCCAGGGCCUCAGAGCCUUUAUGCUCCAAGCACCAUACGCUACGCCCCUCCGGAGCUGCCCACUGCCCAUGCGGAAGGGCCCCGCCUGGAUCACGCACCCAAAUCACCCACUUUCUUUCCACAUCUGCAGAGAAUUGCCGCUCUACCACCCUUCAGCGGCUUCUCUCCUUCAGAGACUCCCUUUGCUUCAUCCCUUACCUUCUGCAUGAACGGACUGAGAGGAGCCGCAGGGACAGACGAGGACUGAGAAAAUACAGACUGUAAAUAUGAGAGGGAAGAAAGAGAUAGGUAGCACAACACUUUAAAUAUACUGAAGGAACUGAGAGGGAAGGGGUGCAGGCUUGCCAUACAGUCUUCCCAGCAUCCUUUCCGAGUAGCUCAUGCGUUUGCACAGGUCUUCCUCUCUCUGGUUAUGCAGGAAAAGCCAUAAUGUACAAAUGGAGUUCAUCAUACAGACAUGUUCAUAUGAAACUCCGAAGGGGUGAAAUAUUUACAUUAAUUAAAAGAAAUGGACCUUUUAGUGCAACGGCAUAUCAGGACAUAAUGCCAAGCAAGAAAAAUAAACCCUAGGCUGAAAUGAGAAAGCACAGUCCCUUCACGGAGUAAACACAAAUAAGCCUCUUUUACAGUUUACUUGUUUGUUUGUUUUUUACAAAAAACAUGCAGUAUUAGUAUCUUAUUCAUAAGCAUACAGGAAAUGAAUAACUUCAGACAGUGCAACCAUAUUUAAAAUAUUUGGUAUUUAAAGACUACAUACAUGCAAGGCUUGAAAGCCCUAUACACAUAUUGUGAAUAAAUUUACUGUCAUGAAAUUUAACUAACUUCUUAUAAGGAUUUAGGGUCAAUUGGUUGGGAGGGUGAAACCACCGUCUUUCAUCAUCAUCAUGUCCAAGCACUUACAUUCAAGCGUCUGGCUUUGAAUAUAUAGCACUUCAUUAAUGACCACACUUUCCAUUUUUCCCUACUGUAUGAAAAAGAUGAUGUUGAUACAGCUGUGGUCAAUAAAAAGUACUUUUUAUAUCAAACUGAAAAAAAAAAUCAAAGAACAAAAAGAUGUGAUCACUGGAAAGGGAAAAUGCCCAAGUGGUCCUUAAAGUCAAAGCAUUCAGAUAAAUGCAUACUACACUGUUCAACUGAUGUUUUGUGUGCAGAUUAUUUACUAACAAAAGGGACAUGAAAAAUCCUAUCAUUUUUAUGUGUUUGUGCCAAAAGAAUCACUUUUAAAUGUAAAUGGCCAUAAGUUUUCAAUCUGAAGGACAAGCCUUUUGUGUUUUAAUUAUUAGUGCACAUAUGUUGUGAGCAAGUGAGCGAGCCAGUGAAUCACUGAUUGAAAAAGUGAGUCGACGAGUGAUUGAGUGAGUGACUGAGUGAUUUUGUGUGUGUGUGUGUGUGUGUGUGUGUGUGUGUGUGUGAGUAUUAUAGCGAGGGCAGACACAUGUGUUCUAUGUUUCAUGAGAUUGUGGUCUCUUUAACUUUUUCCAUCACUGUGAAUCUAACCUUUUUAUGUUGAAAUGUUUGUGAAAACAAUGAUAUCAACAUUAAAUGAAAAUAAAAAUCUGUAAAGAUCAUUGUAAUGAUAAUACAGAUGACAGAUAAUAAACUCUAUU